AACAAUUGCUUAUAUUUUGAAGUCCAAUGAGGCAAAUUCUUUUGUGAUUUUGGGCUAUAUAAAUAAAAUUGAAUUGAAUUGAAUUGAAUUGAAUUGAAUGUGUAGUCGUGACUGUGUCAAUGAGCAUGAGUGUGUAUCUGCCUGUAUGCAUGUGUGUGUGUGUGUGUUUAUGUGUGUGACUUUAAUCCUGGCUGUGAAUAUUUUUGCUGUUUAUAUGCAACUUGAUGUUUACAAUGAUUGUCUUUGUAGUUGUUAGUAGAAUUGAUCUAUAAAUGUGUCUUGUGCAAAAUGUGUUACAGUAUUUAUUAUGUAAAGCAUUGUUUUUCAAACUAUUUGAGGCAAGGUACACUUUGUAGUUGAUAAAAAAUCUGCAUACACCAGCAUCCAAAAAUAUAAAAGUAAGCAUUGAUUAGUUUUCAAUAGAAAGAAUUACUUAGUGAAAGUUGAAAAACUUAUUAGAUAUUUAUUCAAGAUGUACAUGUUAUGUCAGAGCACAUUCCAACCCUCUGAUUGUAUUAAAUAUGUAAGCAGACACAUUACCAAAUGGAUUGAAUGUCUUACAGGCAAUACUUGAGCCAGAAUAACCUUAAGAUGUCAAAUGCAGAGAAAUUCAAAAGGAAUUGAUACAUUGUUUGCAGUUUUUUGUAACCAAAAAAACCUUUUUAAAUAUAUAAAGCAUAAAUAAAAUAAAAACAUUUUGAAUUUGUAAUGAAUUACUUUUAUUAAUGUAGCUUGAGUUAUAUUAGAGUACAAUGUGCAGAUGUGUCUUGAUAUAUAUUAUGUUUGAGUUAAAUGUGUAUGCUGAAAUAUUGAUAAAUGGUAUAGCUAGGUAAAAAAUGUAAAUGUAAUUUUUGUGUUGUUAUAUUACAUAUCCCUCAAAAUGCAACCUUGAAAAAAAAUUUCAUUGUCAAGUUUGUGUGGAUGUGGGUGUUUUUUUUAGUUUUUAUAGGGGUAAAAGAAAAUUAUUUUAAUGUAGAGUUGUGCAGAGUAAAAUAUGACAAAUGACAGCACCAUGAGGGGCAUCUUUUAAAGGCAAAAAAUCAAAUAGGAAUAUCUUGAUAUACACACUGUCUGCAAAUAGUGUAUUGAAAGCAUAGGAAUUUUAAACAGGAAUCACAAAAUUAACAGUUUUUCCAAGUCUCUUUUAUUUUAGUUGAAUUAUGGGAACAAGAAUUUUUUGCAUCCAUUCCUCCAAAUUUCACAGCAUUACAGGAAAUAUGGGACAAUUAAUAUGUAUUUUGAUAAAUUUACAAAUGUUGAAAACAGGGAUGAAGUUGUGAUGUAAAUUCCGUUUUUUUUUAUGCAUAAAAAAAUGGUACCUUGUAGAAGGUUGGAUUUUCCUGUAUUUCUUUCUUUUUUCUUAGAUUUAACAUAAAAACAUAAAAAACAAAAACAUUCUGUUAAUGUUGGCUAUUGCUUUGGAAAAAUCUGACUUUUGUUAAAGUUUAACCUUUUUUGUGGAGAAACAGUGAGUUGGCUGUGAAAUUAAGGGAAAUGCUAUGUUGGAAGUUGACCACAAGAUGUCACUAUGGGAUCAGGGUUUUAGUCUUGUCAAAGCAUGUUCCAACCUCUGAUUGUAUUAAAUAUAUAUCAAUUGGAUUGAAUGUCUUACAGUCAAUACUUGAGAAAGAAUAACUUUAAGAUGCCAUAUGCAGAAAAAAAAGAAUGACAACUCCAUUUGUAGUGUUUUAAGCACAAAAACCUUUUUCAUAAAAUGUGUUUUAUUCGUGUAAUUGACAAAAAAAUAAUUUGUAAUAGAUUACUUUUAUUAUGUACUUUUUUUUUUUUUUUUUACCUUUAUUUAUCCAGGCAGGACAGAUUAAGAACAGCCUUCUUAUUUGCAACUGGCCUGGCAAAAGGCAAGACCUUUUGAGAAAGAAAAGAGGAAAGAAGUUACAGGAUACAGGAUACUAAAAAAAAUAUUGAAUAGAAUCAGAAAAGCAUCAGAACAAACACAUUCUAAAUUAUAAAACCAUAAAAUCAUUGCAUUGAGGAACAAAAACAUUCAUCUUUAAAAUACUCAUUAAGAUAUUAAUGAGAUUAAUGAAUUAAGACUUUGAGUUAUACUGAAAUAGGAUGUGUUCAUGCAUCUUAAUAGAUAUUAUGUUUGAGUUAAAUAUGUUUACUGAAAUAUUGAUAAAUGUUGGAAGAAGUGUCUUGACGUGUGCUUCGGAAAAAAUAGUCACUGUCCUUCCCUUCUAUACAAUUUAUUUUCUUGCGCUUUCUUAAAAAUUGAUAAAGUACAAAAAUAAAACCAUAAAAAUAUAUUUUAAACCACAAAAUGAAAAAUAUGUACUAAACAGGAAUAUAACACUAUAAUACGACAACAAAGUAACACGGUCUACGAUUAAUGUGCUGCCUGCUUCCCAAGUUCUAAAUCCAACUAAAGUCCAAUAAAUACACAGCAGCUGCCAAAAUGCAUCCUAACCAAUAAAAGGCUAGAACGGCCACAUGACCAACAUAUGACAGGCGCAUGCAUGCAUGAAAUAUAAUGAGCAAUUUAAUUUCAGCCAAAUGGCUCCAACAUUACAUAUACUUCACAAUGUAACCUUGGAAAGAUUGUCAUUGCCAAGUUUGUGUGUGGUGGGGGUUAGAUUUUGUAGGGAUAAAAGAUAAUUAUUUUAAUGUGGAGUUGUGCAUAGUAAAGAUGUGACAAAUGACAGCACUGACAGCACCCUCAAGGGCAUUUUUUUAAAGGCUGAAACAAUUAAAUAGGUACAUUUUACAAACACACUAAUCUACAAAUUUGAAUGGAUAGGAAUUUUGAAAAAGGCAAUUUUUGGAUUCACAGAAUUAACGUUCUUUACAACUGUUUUUUAAAUUUUAAUGAUUGGAGUACGAUUUUUUGUAUCUAUUUAUCCAAAUUUCACAGCAAUACAGGAAAUAUGUGAUAAUUAAUAUGUAUAGUGAAAAAUUGAUAAAUGUAGAAAGUAGGGAUUAAGUUGGAUUGUGAAAUUCCAUGUUUGUUUGUUUUUUAUUAUUUUGUAUGUACAGUGUAACCUUGGAGAAAACUGGAUUUUCAAAUAUUUCCAAUCUUUUUAUUUAUUUAUUUAUUUUUAGAUUUAACAUAAAACAUAAAAACCAUUCUGUUAAUGUUGACUGGUGCUUUGGAAACAUCUGACAUUUGUUAAAGUUUAACCUUGUAUUUGUUGAGAAACAGUGAGUUUGCUGUAAAAUUAAGGGAAGUGCUAUGUUCAAAGUUGACCACAAGAUCCCCCUGUGGAUCAGGAUUUUAAUCUUGAAAACUUUUAUUUUGAAAGCAAGGCUUUAUUUAUGUUGUGUUCCGGUUUUAAGAGGAAGUUGUGGGUGGGGUUUGUUCAGGUACUUUAUCCUCUGACCAGCUCGCGGUUCUCAUUCAGACCUUUGCCGUUAACAGACUCGUACCGGUAAUAGAAAUGGCAGCUUCAUAUCUGACCACCGUGGCUGACUUGAUAGCGGAGGUUGGCGCUAACUCUAGGGGAACAUCGCCGUACAAGAAAUGGAAAGGAAUUAAGGUCAAAGUCGUUGCGGCUAGGAAUUUUGCUAAAUGUACGGAGUUUAUUUUUACUGAGAAAGGAGUUUCUGUGGGCCGUGAAAAAACAUCGGUUUCGUUCAGCGCUGCAGAUAAUACCGGGAUAGUUAAAAUCUCAGCCGAUCAAGAGUGCUUCAGGGAGAUCGGCAUGUGCUUGACGGAGGGAAAGACGUACAUGAUUAAGAAUUUCGGUGUGCUGAAUGCGGCGAAGGAUGGGAGCCUCCAAAUUUAUUUGAGAGCAAGUUCCAAAGUGUACCGCUGUGCUCCAAUCGUCCUGUCCGAAGAAAGAGCCGCACAAGCAGAACAGGUUCUCAACCCCCGAUCCCCCGUGAAAGGUCGGCUGGACGAUGCUACAACCAGUGGCUUGUUCACUGUGCAGGGAAGGAUCUCUUCACUGUCUGCCAUCCGCAAAAUUCAGGGUGCUGAUGGAGUGAUUCCAGUGAGAGAUCUGGAUGUCUGCGGGGAUGAUGGGGCCAUAAUUCCAGUGACCCUGUGGAGGGAGGCAGCUCUGCAGGACGUGACAGCAAAUUCUUCAGUGUCCAUCAGCCACCUCAGGAUAAGCAAGCAUACCACGUUCGGGACCAAAGCUGCAUCCACAAAAUAUACCAUCAUUGAGGAGGUGUCAGUCUCUUCAAGGAAGCUGUGCAUCACGAUAAAUGGUGUAGCGGUGUCCACGGAGGAGGUGCUGAUAAGCACGGUCCAGGGAGGUGAAUUUAAAACCUCUUGGGACAUUCUUCAGCAGAUGGCACCUGGUGUAGAGCAGGAGGACAUGUAUGACUUGUUACCAUUAAAAGUUGAUGUGGAUGUAGAAGGUGAAAAUAUCAUCAAAGUGCAUUAUUAAGUUAAAGCUCAAAAGUGUUCAACGUUGUUGGAACACUAGUGCCUUAGGCUGUGUGAGGACAGCACGGUUUUUAAGGAUUUAACCAAGUUUAUUUUCUUGGAGUUUGGACGAUGUCAUUUUUUUAAUGUAGAUGUGGCGGUAGUAAUUUUAGAACGUUAUGAUUCUUUAUAUAUGUAUAUAUACAUGUAAAUCUACCAGAGUGUACAGUCAUAUUCAUAAUAUUUAAAUAAAUAAGAAAUAACACUGUUUGCACCUUCGGUUCAUACGUACCACAACUAUUGAGCCAGUCUUUAUUUUUCUACUGUAUGGUAAUGAGAGACAUAACUUUAUUUGUUACAUUUUGUUAAAGAUAAAAAUAUUUUAUUCUUUACAAUACUGUUUGUGAUUGACAUUCAUGUUUAUUUGGAGAAGGAUCUGAUUUUUGUUUUGAUCUAAACCUCAACCUAAUGAGGAUUUUUUGUUUGAAAAUGCAAAGUUUUUAUCCACUGUUUUUACUUUCAAUAAAGCUUUUUGUGAAUAA